AUGAGUGUACAGGAGAAUUCUGGGUCUCUCCCCCAAUAUACUGGCGAUGACACCAGGCCAACCAGUAAGAAAGAGCUUACCGGCUGGUACUGCUAUGGUUGGGCUGCCGAGGUAUUUGUUGUUUGUGCCAUGGGUUCAUUUCUUCCAAUAACCCUGGAGCAAAUGGCUCGGGAUCGGGGCGUUUUACUGUCCGACAAGACCACACCGUGCAGCGCAACUUGGAGUCCAUCACUAUCAUAUCCCAAAUCAGAUGUACCAGAGUAUCGUCCCCAGGUAUCAGAUCGCGGCCAGUGCAUUAUCUACUUCCUCGGCGCCGAGAUCAACACCGCAAGCUUUGCCUUGUAUACGUUUUCAUUGAGCGUUUUAGUCCAAGCAAUCCUGAUAAUUUCGAUGUCAGGAGCCGCUGAUCAUGGAACCUAUCGCAAGAAGCUCCUGGUUAUCUUCGCUUUCGUUGGCUCAAUUGCGACGAUGUUGUUCUUGGCUGUAGUCCCCAAAGUUUACCUAUUAGGUGGACUGCUUGCAAUCAUUUCAAACACUUGUUUUGGUGCGUCUUUUGUCCUUUUGAAUUCGUUCCUGCCUGUUUUGGUUCGCCAUCAUCCAUCGCUCAAGGAGAUCGAAGAACCAACGCCGGCGAAUGAUCAUAUACCAAAUCCCAGGGAGCGCCGUUUGUCCUCAAAUGGUAUUAUUGACCGACCAAAUCCGGAUGACACCACGUCGUUACUCGGGCAUAACAGGGAAACAACAGCGACGUCUCCCACGAUUACCUCCCUGGAGCUUAGACUUUCCACCAGAAUCUCGUCAAAUGGCAUCGGUAUAGGCUAUAUCGGGGCAGUCAUUCUACAAAUGUUCUCAAUCCUAGUUGUCGUGGUUGUGCAUCCACCGACAUUUUCAUUACGCGUGGUGCUCUUCUUGAUUGGAUUAUGGUGGUUUAUAUUUACCAUCCCUGCAGCCCUAUGGCUGCGCACCAGGCCCGGUCCCCCUCUCUUGGGGGGUGACGGCAAACCGCUCCAUUCGUGGAUUGGAUAUAUGGCGUACGCCUGGAAAUCUCUUGCAAAGACCGUGACUCGAGCACGACAAUUAAAAGAUAUCAUGAUUUUCCUUGCAGCCUGGUUCCUUCUUAGUGAUGGAAUUGCCACUGUUAGUGGCACUGCCGUAUUGUUUGCGAAAACACAACUGGACAUGAAGCCUGCCGCCCUGGGAUUGAUCAAUGUGAUCGUCAUGCUCGCUGGAGUAUUUGGUGCGUUCUCUUGGAGCUAUGUGUCACAUUACUUCAACCUACGGGCCGAGCAGACAAUCAUUGCAUGUAUCAUUCUGUUUGAACUCAUUCCACUAUAUGGGCUUCUUGGGUUUAUCCCGGCGGUGCAACACGUGGGACUUGGUCUUCAUCAGCCCUGGGAAAUGUAUCCUCUAGGGGCUGUUUAUGGCCUUGUUAUGGGUGGACUGUCGUCGUAUUGUCGAAGCUUUUUCGGCCAGCUCAUUCCUCCAGGCUACGAGGCAGCUUUUUAUGCGCUGUAUGCAAUCACCGACAAAGGAUCUAGCAUUUUUGGGCCAGCCAUUGUUGGUGCCAUUACAGAUCGCUAUGGUGAGAUUCGACCAGCAUUUUUCUUCUUAGCGAUUUUGAUCGUCGUGCCACUACCGCUCAUGCUUUUGGUAGAUGUUGAGCGUGGGAAACGAGAUGCCUUAGCAUUGGGAGCGGAAUUGGAGGGUAAACCUGCAGGAUCCAGAUAUGGGACCAUAGUUGACGCUCGAGCCACAGAAGAUGAGGCGACUGGAGGAAUAGACGAAGGGAGCCUUUGA